AUGGCUCCCUCACGCUUCACGCCUGAGCCCAUUGAGACCUCCACCAAAUCCUCCAAGGAUAGGCGUCAGCCUUUGCCUGAGAAGGAUGAGACUACAAAGGCAAGACAUUUUGCCGUCGAGCCUGUCGAAACUUCUGCUACAUCAUCCAAGGAUCGUAAAGCAGAGCCGGUGAAGUCUGAACCGAGACGGUUUGCUGUCGAGCCCGUUGAGACGGAGCGUAAAAGCAGCAAGGACCGAGGUCAGUCAGAUAGUAAGCCACAGCCACGCCGUUUUGCUGUGGAGCCUGUGGAAACGGAGCACAAGAGUAGCAAGGACCGGAAAGCGUCAUCUGAACAGUCGAAGCCAAGACGCUUUGCACCUCAGGUCGAGGAGACUUCAUCAAGGAGUAGCAAAGAGGAGAAGACUGAGCAUGGGAAGCCACAUAUCAAGUUCUUGCCGCAGCCCGUGGAGACCAUCUAUCGUACGAGAAGAAAGUCGCCGACUGACGCUGAGGAUGUCGCACCCAAGGCCGUUGGCAAGCAGAGGACGGUCCGGAAGUUCGCACCUAUCUUGAUAGAUACCGCAUCAAGAUCACGACGUGCGGGAGACGAUGGUUCAGGGCUUGAUCAAUCAGAGAAGACGGAGUCUGGACACCACCUGCAUGCUCAAGAGCACAGACGGCAUAUUCGUGGCGACAAGACUCCAGCAAACGAAAGUGAGGAUGGUACGGAGCUGGAUGAACCGCAUUGUCUCGAUAUACCACAAGAGUUGCGAAGAGAGCUGGCUCCUUUGGAUGGCAGUGCACCAGCCAGACGUCCAUCUGUGGUGAGCACGCGCAGCCACUCAUUUCGAUGUCCGGAACUAGAUACCAUCGAGAGCUCGGAGAGUGAGCGUGGUAGCAUCAUGUCUUCGCUCUCCUCCAGCCCGGACAAAGGCUCGCCGAUCACUGUUUCCGACUCUUCCUUCACGAACGGUGUAGGUGGGCAUAAACAUGCUACACGCAUACGUGAGUCGGUCGACGAGUCUUUUACACACUAUCUGCGGCAGCUCGAAGCACAGAAGGCGCAGCAACGACUUCUGCGCGAGCUCGCAGCUGACGCUUUCCCAAACUCGGACUACCAUGAGCCAGUGCAGCAUUACAUGGAUAUCGAUGAAGGAAGCGACGAGAUGGAGAUAGAAGACCGUCCCGUGACCUACGACUUCGAAGACGAACUACUGCUAGAAAUGGCAGCAAGGCGCGAAAGCACAGCCAAGGUGAACUGGGAACAAAUGGAAAUGCAAAGACAUGCAGAACAACUAGAACAGGAACGCAAUGCAGCAAAGUCGACAAAGAAACGAACAGAACAGAUGACCCAGUCACCCUGGUGGAAUCCCGCUCAGACUUACGGCCUGGAGAAACAAGACGAGGAAAUGCGAUCAAUGCGUGAUCGAGCCCGACCCCCUAUGCUCGGCAACGACCUCGUCUUUCCACGCUGUCCUUCACCAGAGCCUGCACGUUUCGACGUCACCCAAGGCUCGACUGUUCUUCGCAACCAGAUGUGCUACUUGACCGAACACGCCGACUCGCAAGCAGAGGACGGAGAUGAAGGAGGACUAUGGUCGGCUCCACCCGAGCGAGAGGUCACGAUCACAAGUGCCGCGGGCAGCGCAAAAGGCUCCCAAGAUCCUAAGAGAGGUCUCUGGGGCGGCUUUUGCAUCGAGGAUGACUCUGCCGGACAUGCUACUCCGAAUGGCUUGGCGCCACCUUCCGCCAUCACUGGUCCCACCGGUCUCCUGACGCCGAUGGCAAACGAAGGCGGCUACAAUCCCUUCGAGCAAUCUUUUGCCGUCCCCGCGCCUGCACUAUCGCCUGGUCUCGGGAUCCAGACGCCUCCGACGCCACCGAGAGGGUUCGGCAGUAGUGCGAACCUGAACCGUCUGGAUGGUAUGCUCAAUACCGAACAAAUUCUAGACGCCACUAUGGAGAAAGAAUACCCGAACUCCUUCAUCACCCAGAUAUACAAUUAUCUCUCGCUCGGCUACCCUUCAUUAGCACGACCUUUUGACGAAGAGCUCUCGAAGAUCAGCCGGAUCCCGAUCAAGCAGUUGCGGGAGGAUGAUCGGAAGGCGAAGAGUCUGCCAAGGGGGUAUAUCCGGCUUGGUCCGGAUUUUGAAGGUGGAGGCGGUGAGGGCGUGGAGAAGGAGAGUUGUGUCCGAUGGCAGGCGUUGAGGCUGUAUGUUAGGGAGUGGGCGCGGCAGGAGAAGGACAUGGUUCCUACGGACCAGAGGGCGAGCCAGUGGGGUACUGGUGCGAGGAGGGGUAGUUGGGCUAUUUGA